AUGGUCAGGAUCAUCAGCGGCGGUCUGCUGGGCUUGGGUUAUAACAACUACGGCCUCGCUAUGGAGCAACCCCAAUCCGGCCAAUAUGACAUUCGAGGCUCCGUUGUGGUCUGGGUCACCGGGGGUCUCCUGAUAACCGCAAUCGUCCUGAUCGCCGUCAGAACCUUCAUCUGCCUGGACGGCUUCGAGGACGAGAGCCUGGUUUCCUCGUUGCCGUGCUACCAUGUGUUUCACGCCGUAUGUAUCAGGAACUGGUUCCAAACUAGGCGCGAUACCUGCCCGUUAUGCAAAGCACGCGUUCCAAGUGGUAGUCAGGUGGAAACGGUUCUUCCGACGCAGCCGCAGCGGGCUGUGUUACCGGCUUGA